GAAUAUCUGUGUGCUCGUUGCCAGGACUGUGGAGUGUGCAAAGAAGGAGGAGAGAGAGAGAGAGAGAGAGAGAGAGAGAGAGAGAGAGAGACAGCGAGCGAGCGAGGAGGAGAGGUGGAGGGAAUACAGUUGGAUUUGGAUACAACUGGAAAACUACCAAGCGCGCACAGCACGCACCGAGCGGAGAGGCACAUCGACGGUGCCUGGCCAACAUUUCACCUUCUCCCCCGUCCCCCGCGAUCGGAUUCAGCCGAGAAUGGAGCUCCCUGCCGCCGGAGAGCACGUCUUUGCGGUGGAGGGCAUCGAAAAGAAGCGCAUCCGCAAGGGCAAGAUCGAGUACCUGGUCAAGUGGCGAGGCUGGUCUCCCAAAUACAACACAUGGGAACCAGAGGAAAACAUCCUUGACCCGCGUCUCCUCGUGGCGUUUCAACACAGAGAGAGACAGGAGCAGCUUAUGGGAUACCGUAAACGGGGGCCAAAACCGAAACAUCUUUUACUCCAGGUGCCCUCGUUCGCCCGGAGAUCCAGUAUCCCUGCAGGUUUUGAGGACACGUGUCACGAUGCAGAAGUCGGCCUCAAGUCAGAUCCUGUCCAGGUCCAGCGGCCCCAGCCUCAGCAGUACCAGCUGAACAGCAAGAAGCACCAUCAGUACCAGCCCAGCAGCCAGGAGGUCCCCGCUGACCAGCUAACCAACGGCAAAAAGAAGUUCAUCUACCAGCUAAACAGCAAGAAGCACCACCACUAUGAGCCUGACCCAAAUAUGUACGACACACAGGCCUCCAGGCUCAAAGAGGUGGUCAAAGUUCAGGAACCGGCCUGUAAACAAGCAAAUCCUGGCUGGAACUUACCGCUGGCACUGCAGCAGAAAUGGGUUCGUGACAAAGACACAGGAUGCUUGAGCAAAGUCAAAGAGUUGGCAGUGGAGGUGGGGAAACCCGCUGUCAAGGAGCCUGAGAGCGAACACGUCCUUAAACCUAAUCCUAAAGAUACAGCCCUGCCUAGUGCUACAAGUAGCAAAAUGAAGAUAAUCAAGAACAAAAACAAGAACGGACGUAUUGUUAUUGUCAUGAGCAAAUAUAUGGACAGCAACAAGGUUCAUGGAGCAAAAGGUAAACACGGGGAGUCAUCAAGCGAGGAGAAACUGCAAAACACCAAACCAUCAGAAAACAAUCCAGCACACAGAACCAAAAUGGUGGAGCAUCCAGAGAACGGCAUCCCCAAAGAGAUAUGUAACGGCAGCUCCCUUCCUGCCGCAGAGCAUCCUAUAAAGUGUUCCCCGAAGGACAGACAUUUCUCCAAACCUUCGCCAAGCACAGCAGAGGAAUACAAUACUGAAGUGGCGCGGGGUCAGGCCGACUUGCCGGAGGACCACCCGCUACAGCUGACCACGGGCUCGCCCCCAAUGUCCUGGGCUGUCGACACCAACAUCCCGACCCCCACCGCCGUCGACCAGAUCAGGAUCCCUUCCUUUACGAGCGACCGCAAGCGAAAGCUCUCCGAUCCUGUGGAUGACAGGAGUGUUUCCAAAGUCUACCUGAACUCCAGGAGCUUCAGCGUGCCCAGCACCGUCGCCACGCCACCUCAGGACAAACCCAUGGACCUGCACUGUAGUGGGAGGCGGCUUGGCAGUACAUGCACAUAUGAGGCUGCGGACGCCGGCAGCCAAGAAGAGCCGAUGGAUCUCAGCUGCCCAAAAACUAAAAGACAAGUGGAGCCAGAAGUACAGCCGGAGCCGGCACCGGCACCAGAGCCGGAGCCUGUGGAUGGAGAUACUUCGCCUGUGAUGGAGGACACCGAGAAAUCCACAGAGAAAUCUGAAGAAGAAGCACCUAUUAAAGAAAUCUCUCCCUUUAUGGGAAAUAUCAUAAUCACUGACAUAACGACAAAUAGUCUCACCGUCACCUUCAAGGAAUAUGUUUCUUUCUGAGAAACUCUGUGAAAUUGGGGUCUCCCAGUGGUCGAUUGUAUGAUCCUGUCAAUAUGUGCAUUUGUAAAACAUGUAACAUAUGUAACAUCAGAUUUUGUAUAUAUGGAAAAUUUAUAAUUUAUCAUUCAAAUUCAAUAUGUUUCUUAUAAUGUUUUAUACUGUAACGCCUCUGUGAUGUUGUAGCCAAGAAAGUGCCCUCGAGGUUUUGAGUGAAUGCAUUCAGGUGGAUGUGUUCCACGAAAAGAAAAAAAAAAAUUGUCAUAUGGAGCUUGAUGAGAGAUACUUUCGCUGUUGUUUCACACUCGUACCAAACUCAUAGCCGGAGACGUAUGAAGGUUUAUACGUAUUUUUUAUGAAUAAUAUCUCUUAUUUUGGUCCUGUUAGAAGGUAGAGAGAAACUCGUUGAGUCCACGGUGAUCCAAGAUCAAAUUGAAAGCACUUAAUUACAUUUUAUAUGUUAAUUUGUGUCAUUGUGUCAUUAAUGGAGAUGCGCUCUUUAAGUCUUGAUUCAGUGAUUUUCUUUUUUAACUCCAGAUGUAUACACUCAGGCUUCAGGCUUUGUUUGUGGCUUUUUUUGGAAAAAUUAUUAGUUAUUACAUGAAAAUGUAAAAAAAAAAAAAACUGGUGCAUAAAACACAGUGACAACUGUGGGACACACUCUGCUCUGUCAUCAACCUUAAAGGAAUGUCGCAGCCUUUUCUUUUGUCCUUAUACUAUUUGUUUUCGUCGGUGAGAUGCAGCAAAGCAAUUAAUGGAUCUGCCUUUACAAUCCAAUCGGUUACUGUACUGCACAAUUCCACUUUAGCAAACAUCUAUAUGAACAAUAACAAUAUCUGUACUUUCUCAAAAAUGAAAUGAAAAUGGUGUCAUUUAUCAAACGUGUACCUUUCCCGUUAACAUGACGUAUUGAUUCCUGCCGUGACAAGGCUGUGAUUUAUUGUUGACCUCAUGUUUUUGCUGGAGUUGCUUUAAAAUAUCCUUUAGUCUCGUUAGGAUUCUCCUAAUGUCACACGGAUUAACAAUGUUCAUCUCAUUUUGCUGUGGAACGUCAUCAUGCGAUCUGAAGUAAACACAUGCCCGCUUCAUGUUUUCAGAAAAAGCUACCAGGGUCAUUAACAAGUGUGUUAGGCAGAUUAAAUGUGAGUUGCGAGUCGGGCUUCUGUAAUGCCGUUACAUGCAAUCCAGUGAGUGCGAGCUGUUAUCGAUUAUGCUGCUGAAAAUUCAAAUGUCAAAGCUGUUGGAUGUAACCUACAUUUGAGUCGAAAUUGCCUUCUACGCACAGCUAAUGCAAGACCAGUGAGAAUGCUAAGAAGCUAGGAUUAUGAAAAUGGAGAGUGCAUAUUUAUUGACAUUAGAUUUGUCGUUUCAAAAACAAUAACAAGGGGUUCUCCUGCAUCCAGAGCUGUGAGUGAUUCCGAUGAACCGCCUUGUCCUUUUUAAGUCUGCUGUGUGAUACUUUUUUGUUCACUUAAUUUUUGCCAGUUCAUUGUUGCACUUGGUUCAAAGUCAAAAUGAUUGUUAUAAAGUAUGUUCGACCAGGAGCUGACUGACUUAUUGCUUUUGGCACGGCUCACUGGAUGGUAUGUUUCACAAUAAAGAAAGAGAUUUGA